CUUUUCAUAAUAAUCAUAGAAAAAAGUAAAUUUUAAUUGUCAAAUUUUUCAUUGUCACAUGUGCGACUUUUAAGUCGUGUAAAUUUUAGUAAUAAAAAAAAUGUAAAAAAUAUAAAAAAAAAUCCUACAAACGUAAAAUGACUUGCGGGGUGUGUCAGCAUUGUCAAGAAUCAGUGUCCCAAGCUGAGGGGUACGCGGUCCACGCUGGUUAUAGCUACCACAAGAAGUGUCACAAGUGCUACGUGUGCAGCGAGACAGACCUACACAAUGCUGAGGUGUUUAAAGGCGUUAUAUUCUGUUCGAGCUGCUCACAACGAAUCUUUCAGGGAUGCUCCACCGCUCGCAGGACCAAAAGCGGAGUCAGGACUGGGCGAAGGAGAUCACGCUCCAAGUCCAAGGCCAGAAAACGAUCUUGCUCUCCACGCAAGGAGGGCCAGCGCGCCAAGAAUCCUAUUCCGACGGGCGUCAUCGAACUGGCACACCUAGCGGCCUCAGUCAAAAGCAGCGACGACUUGGCGACAGGCUCUCAUGAUAGAAACAGAAAACUAGAAAUCACGACGGAGUUAGCUCUGCAAGUUGGAAAACGGAUUUAUGAAGAACCUUUGCAUGAGAAUGAUACUUGGGACACCCUCAAAAAAGAAAGCGCCGAAAUUGGCGUAACUACAGAAGUCACUCAAGAUCUUCUCCGGCAAAUGAAAUGUCCCGUCAUAGACAAUUGUGAGAAGAAGAUGAAAUCAUCGAUACCCAGACGCAAGCCUCCCAAAAUAAUCGCCAAGCCAAGUCCAUCUCCUCACAACACAAAAUGCAGCGACUGGAGAAUUGCAGAGUUGGGACAGUCCACGGAAAUAGCCAACAUGGUUCUAAAGAAGAAGUCAGAAUUACCUGUUAUCAUUAGAUCCUUGAACCAAUUGAAGAAAGACAUGUCGCCGCAUCUUUCAAGCCUGAAUCGAGAAUCGGACGAAUCAGGAGACAGCAACGAGGACUGGUUGAACUCAUCAAGAUAUGAAAGGGAAUGCAAAAGAGGCAUUGGUUUGAAGGAUGUUCACAUUGCAAGUUUCCUAAAAUUACCGAUAAGAUGUUUCAAAAGGAACAUCCUACAACGGAGUUCUAUUAUCGAUAUGAUAAUCAGCAAUGAAGACGGUAAGAACAUGUUUAUGAACAAAAUCAAGAACCUGUUCCACGAAGAGAUCGUUGAUCAUCAAUGCCGUGGUGUCAGAAGGUUAUAUUCGACAAUAAAUAGGAGAAAAACACCAUACAGGAUGGGCUGGCUGCAUGUCGUGCCUUCUAAUGUAAUCAGGAUGAAACAUCCAAGUUUCAAGGGAUGCAAGCAUUACAAAAGGUCCCACAGUUACCGCUGCAUGCGAUCAAUGGUUAUGAGGAAUGCAGGGCCCACGAAAAGCGAUUUGGCAAAGUUCCGUUCCAAGUUGAUUAACUACAUAGUACCCCACUGUUUAAGGAAUGGGUUUAACUUUGAGCACAACAAUGCAAGGUUCUGUUUGGCGGCUGAUAUAGUUCAGAGUGAGGUACCCGUGCAGACGACCUUUGUAUCAAGGUAUUGUGUGUACUAUCGGUACAGUGUGCCAAAAGUUUGGCGGAUUCGGUACACACUGCUUGGUUUCUCAUUGCGGUUGUAGCGGCGGUUGUGUCGGCUGUUUACAUCUGCGCCGUUGUGCAUGUGGCGCGGUAGAUGUCGCCACACGGUAAAUAAAACUACGCAGUGUUCGUUCCCGUAUCUGUAUGUUGUAUGUUUCGGCGAUAACAUCCUAAUUAUCGUUAAUAAAUACUUAGAAGAUAUGCUUUCGGACUUCCGCAUUUAUAUCCUUUAUGAUUCACGUCUAAUAGGUAAGUAAGUACUUACCUAAUAUUAUUCAUAAUAAUUUCUUGUUAGAAAAGUAAUCGGUGAAAUGAAACAUCGACCGAUAUUGCACAAGAUUAUUAUAUUUACACUAGCUUUUGCCCGCGGCUUCGCCCGCGUGAAUUUCAUAGUAAAAUCUCGGUCUUUCUUUUAAAAAAAAAAAUGAAGAGUAUGUUUACGAAUUUUCAACUGUCAACCAGGGUGCUGGUUUCCUCACGAUGUUUCCCUCCACCGGAAGCAAGUGGUGGUCGAUGAAAACUACUAUAUAUGAGUCAGUUUGGUGCACAAACUCAACAUGGAUAUUGAUAUUAUGAAACCGCUUUUGUUGGGUACAAAUCAAACAGAUAAUUUUAAAAAAUAUAGUGUUUAUUUUGAUACGAUAAAUGUUGUAAUACAUAUUACAAAAAAGUUUCAAAAAUAUUGGUGGGUUUUAUUUUUAUGAAUAGGUAUUUACUUAUAUUCAUUUAAUUUUAUGAACGUGAACUUUUUAGUAAGAAAUUAUUUAUAAUAAAAACAGAUUAAUACGUGUUCCUAAAAAUAAUAACUUAUU